GUGUAUUCGGGUUACUUUAUUGUCAUCGUCGCCGCUAAAUCAGCUGUUUACAGCAAUAACAAGUGAACGAGCCGAAAGCGUUUUGCAAAUCAUCUCUGCUGUUUAUGGCGGAGAGUUGAGCGCUUUUCGGAAUCGGCUUCAGUACCACUUUGUCCGUUCGCGAUUGCGUGCUCCGUGUUUCUUCUCUCCGGUGGCGCAGCACCACCUUCAUCAGCUGUUCGGUGCCAAGUCCUAGUACCACCACCACUCAGUGGUUGUGCUGCUCAAGAAGAACGUGCCAAGAAAGAGUGUCACGAAAUCAUUUUGAAAAUCAGCUUUUGGCCACCACGACUACGCCGAGUGACUCAGAUUAUCCAAGAGCAGAACAGAAGCAAACCACCACAGUAACUCAACGACACCACCGAUCACGGCAAUCGCUGCCCCAGCAAAACCGCCCAGUUUACACCACUCUCAGCCGCAAGUAGCGCGACCUCCAACCACCCACCACCUCCCACUGGAUGGAUCUGAAGCACGGAGCCAGUGGUGCUGCCGCCAACAGCGAGACCUUCAUAUCCGCCAGCAAGUCCACAGACAUGAUCUCGCCCAAGGAAAAGGAGGGCAAGGCGGCCAAGGAGGCUGGUGGCACAAACGCCCCAGCCGAAGGCUACAAAGUCUACGCCCGACGCUGGGCAGUGCUCAUUCUCUUUGUGUUCUAUUCAUCCUCGAAUUCCAUGCAGUGGAUACAAUACACCAUCAUUAACAACAUAAUAACGCGAUACUACGGCAUCAGCGAUAAAUGGGUGGACUGGACGUCCAUGAUUUAUAUGAUCCUCUAUAUACCGCUCAUAUUCCCCGGCAGUUGGUUUUUGGAUAAAGUGGGUCUUCGCAUAACCGCCCUGGUGGGCAUCGUGGGCACCUGUGCGGGUGCCUGGAUCAAGGUCUUUUCGGUGGAUCCGUCGCUCUUCUACGUGAGCUUCAUUGGCCAGUCGAUCGUCGCCCUGGCCCAGGUGUGCAUCCUAUCGCUGCCCGCCCGACUGGCAGCCGUUUGGUUCGGUCCGGAUCAGGUGUCCUCGGCCACCAGCGUGGGAGUCUUUGGCAACCAGCUGGGCGUGGCCGUUGGCUUUGUGCUGCCGCCCAUGCUGGUGCCCAAUUCCCCGGACCUGGAGACGGUGGGCAGUGAUCUGCAGGUGAUGUUCUACUUGGUGGCCGGUCUGACCAGCAUCCUGCUCGUCUUGAUGGUGUUCUUUUUCCAGGACAAGCCGCCCACUCCGCCAUCCGCCGCCCAGGAGGCGGCCCAAAUUUUGGAGAGCUCUGGGGAAGAGCAGGUCAGCUUCAUGCAGUCGCUGAAGAACCUGAUGACCAACCGGAACUUCAUCUUCCUGCUUCUCUCCUACGGCAUCAAUGUGGGCGUCUUCUACGCCAUCUCCACGCUGCUGAACCCGGUGGUGCUGAAGUAUUACCCCGGCCACGAGGUGGACGCCGGACGUAUUGGCCUCAGCAUUGUGCUGGCCGGAAUGCUGGGCUCCGUGGUGUCGGGUAUUGUGCUGGAUAAGACGCACAAGUUCAAGGAAACGACGCUGGCGGUCUACGCGCUUUCCAUGGUGGGCAUGUGGAUCUUCACCUUUACCCUGGAUACGGGACACAUUGCGGUGGUCUAUCUGACGGCAUCGCUGCUGGGCUUCUUCAUGACCGGCUACCUGCCGGUGGGCUUUGAGUUCGGGGCCGAGCUCACGUUCCCGGAGCCGGAGGGCACCUCCUCCGGACUGCUGAACGCCUCCGCGCAGACCUUCGGCAUCUGCUUCACGCUCUUCUACUCGGAGCUGUUCACCGCGUUCGGCGACAUCGCGGCCAACAUAACCAUGGCGGUGAUGCUGAUUGUGGGCACCAUUAUCACGGCCACCACCAAGUCGGAUCUGCGGCGCCAGAUUGCCCAGGUGUCCGCCAGAGGGGCUGGCAAUCCGUAGGGAACUCACGUCGGCCCGGCGACUGUCUUUUAUGUAUAGUAUUCUGCGCAUAUCGUUUUACUGUUUAAGUUAUUUAAUUGUUCACUGUACAUUCCGUUGUAGUCUUAAGUGUUGAAUUUUAAAAUGUUCAUUAAAGGUACAUGGCAACACACACACGAACACACGCACAUAC